UGUGAGUGUGUGUGUAUGUGUAUACCAGUUUAGAAUAUACAUGCAAGCUAAAUAUUGAGGCCACAUUAUGCACCAACUACAACUCAACGAUAAAACACAGUCUUUAGAUUAUUAAUUCACCAACAAUAAAAUGUUGAUCAGUUAAAAUCAUACACGGUGAAGAAAUACACACUUACACGUAAUCACUAAAUUAUUCUGACGAUAAUAUAAAUAGAGUUUAAAAAUAUAAAAAUACUUGGAGACUAAACGAAUUCAGAUUGAAACUAUUUGAAGAAGAAAAAAAAGAAAGACAUACAUUUCACUGAAUUUUGUUUUAAUUCUCUCUGUUACAUUAUUUUUUUUUAAAUUCAAAAAUAUCAAAUAUGGCCAGUGACAUGGAACAGUUUAUUACAGCGUAUUUAACCAUUAUACGCGAUGGCGAUGAUGUUGUUGAUAAAAAUGAACUUGCUGAUUAUUGUGCAAAGAAAAAUAUCGAUCCGAAAAUUAUUAAUAAAUAUAUGGCACAAUUCGAUGUGGAUAAAGAUAAUAAAAUCACAAUGGAAGAAUUUUGUCGUGGAUUAGGAUUGAAAACGAAUGAAAUGCGCGUUGAACGUAAUCACAUUAAAGCUGUACAAUCAGGUAAAGUAUCGAAAAUACCCGAUGGAGUAGAAAUUAUUGCCUCAACAAUGCCGUUACCAAAACAAAUUGAAGUAACACAACUAUAUAAAGAUAUACUUGCCAAAGCUGGAAAAGAACCUGAUAUGCGUAAAGUUGUAAAUGAUUUGAAACUUAAGUUAGAAGAACGUUAUGAACGUGUAUGGCAAGUGGUUACUUUAACUGGUUCAUACUGGAUGAAUUUCUCUCAUGAACCCUUCCAAUCAAUUCAAUUCAAAGUUGACAAGAAUAUCAUUCUUCUUUGGCGUACACCAAGUAAUUAAGAUAAAAAACAGAAGAAGAAUGCAGUAUGACACAUUAAACAAGGGAUGACAUUUUAUUUAGAAACAAAACUGAUGUUAAACAAUUCCAACACUACCAAUUCUACUGACAUCAUGAAUAAAAUAUUUGUCUUUCCCUUUUCUAUCUUUCAAAAAAACAUUUCUUGUUCUUCCAAAUAUCCUUAAAAAAAAAACUAUUCUCUAGUUCUUGAUAUUAUGAAAGUAUUUUAAAAAAACAUAAAUUUAGUUAAAACAAAACUCUUCAUACACAUUGUUUACAUUUUGAAUGUAUUGUCGACUUAUCAUUCCGAUUAGAUUUAUCAGUGUUAGGAUAGUUGAUAUCAACUUUGAAAUUCCACACAAAUGAUCACUAUGAAAAUUCAAAUGUUUCAUUGAUAGAUUCUGCUGACGAC